AUGUCCGCCGACAGGUACCACCGGGCGGCCCGGGACGGAUACGUGUCCCCUCUGAAGGAGGCCACCCGCAGAGAUCUGAACCGCGCCGACGAGGACGGGAUGACCCCCACGAUGUGGGCCGCCCACCACGGCAGCGUGGACGCGCUGCGCAUCAUCGUGGCCAGGGGGGGUGACCCCGACAAGUGUGACCUCUGGGGAAACGCGCCGCUCCACCUGGCAGCUGCCAAUGGCCACCUCAACUGUAUCUCCUUCCUGGUGUCCUUUGGAGCCAACGUGUGGUGCCUGGACAAUGAGUACCACACACCACUGAACGCCGCCGCCGCCCACAGCCGCAUGGACUGCGUGCGCUACCUUGACUCGGUGGCAACGAGGCAGAUGGUGCUCAACCCCAAGCUGGUGGUGAAACUGAAGGAACGGGCAAUGCAGGCCGCCCAGCGCCGCAUCCAGGAGUGCUUGAAGGUGCAGCGUAAGCAGCUCCGGAGACAGGAGCGCCGUGGCCACCAGAGGGAGUUCAAGAGUAAUGACGUUGUUGGCAUCUCCAGUUACGCAAGAUGUGGAACCCUGAGCCACUUUGGCGUUUCCACCACCAACAUCUCCUUCUCCCAGGCUACACUGCACUCUACUACCAAGAGCAAGACCAAAAUCCAGAAGAAGUUGGAGAGAAAGAAGCAGGCAGACGGGAGCUUCCUUGUGUCAGAGGACGGGCGCCGCAGUGUGCGCUCACUGUCGGGCCUGCAGCUGGGUCGCGACGUCAUGUUCCUCAAGCAGGGUACCUAUGCGGGCACCAGAGAGACACCCUCACACCUCAGCAUUCGCAACAUGUUCCCCUUCGGUAACGAUGCCAUCUCACGUGCCAUGAGCGACCCGGGGCUACACGGGGUCGACCUCACUGGCUCGGAGGCCAGCGCCGACUCGGGUCACGAGUCGCUUUUCAAACGGCCAGGCCUGGGUACCGUGGUGUUCCGACGCAGCUACGCUAGGGCUGGGGACGGCACGGGGGAUAGCUUGUCAACGCAACUCUGGGGCCUGCAGAGAUCUUCCAGCCUGGACAGAAGUAUUAGCAGCCUGCAGGAGCAUGAUCUGUGGGAGGUGCCCUGGGACGAGGCAGACCUGGAUGACGAUGAUGAUAAUGAUAACUAUGUUACGCCCAAGACUGCUCCGCUGGAAGCCUUCCUCGCUGCACACGGCACUAGCGAGCUCCUUACUAUGCUCUGUGGUGAGAAGAUCGACCUGGAGGCUCUGCUGCUGUGCUCCGACAGUGACCUCGAGGGCAUCGACGUCCCACUGGGGCCCCGCAGGAAGAUCCUGGAGGCUUGCAGGCGCAGGAAGGAGACCCUGGAAGCUCCAGGUGGCAUCCAGGACACACACCUGUGA